UUACAGAUUGAUGACCAGUUGUGUGUAGAACUUGGUAUGUGUCCCAAUGCCCUGGGAGCUGUGAAACUACAGUUGGGAACCAUUGAAUGUGAGGCCUGUACAUCGGUCAUUAAAGCGCUCGGCCUCCUGGAGAGCUCAACCACAGUACAGAAUGCAAUCAGGAAUUUCGUUGAAAAUGAUGUGUGUCCCAAACUUGGAAGCUCAGCAGCUCAGUGCAAGACAGAUGUAGAUAUGUACAGUCAAGCUGCCUUUGAGAUUUUGAAGGAAAUUUUGAAUGCUGGUUACCUUUGUGGUAAAAUGAGCCUUUGUGCUGCACCCGCACCCAAGCUGGCCAGCAAUGGAGCUCUGUGUGAGGUCUGUGACACUGUGGCUAAAGAGCUAGACAAUCUGCUCAAGGAUUCCAAUACUCAGGCAGAAAUAGAGGCACUGUUGGACAGCAUCUGUAGCAGACUUAGUGGUAACCUGAGUGGUCAGUGUAAGACAUUUGUUGACGAGUAUGCUCCAUUUGUGCUGAAUAUGCUGGCCAAUGAGUUGGAUCCAGACACCAUUUGUAAGGGCCUUGGUUUAUGUCCUGCUAAAAAGACGGCCAAAUCAACCCCACCUAAAGCUGUCAGUAACACUGUCAAGUCCAGUGGCACAUGUGCCGUUUGUGAAUUUCUUGUGAAGGAAGUAUCAACAUUACUCAAAGAAAAAAGCACGAAGGAUGAGAUAAAACAGGACCUAUAUGUUGUGUGUGGUAAGUUGGGCAGCAUCGAGGAUGAGUGUAAAACCUUCCUAAACGUGUACUUCGACUUAGUGUACAGUUUGCUGGUGCAAGAAACUGAUCCCCAGAAAGUUUGCACCCUAAUCGAAGCGUGUUCUGCUAAAAAAGAUGUCAAGACUGUGCUGCCCAAGCAUUCACCAAGGCUACACAUUGUACCACUAUCUAAAGGAACCUUACCGACCAAAAUUUUCAACUUGGACACAGCUACCAAGUCUAGUGACGAGUGUGCUAUCUGUGAGAUGGUACUGACAUAUGUAGCAGAAGCCCUGAAGGAGUCGGCAACUGUCGAGGCCAUUACAAGUGGUCUGAACAUGUUGUGUGGAAAAAUCCCACAGGAGUAUCAACAGACGGUAAGAUCGUCUACUACUUUAUUUUCCUCGUUGUUUCUGUGGGGAGAGAUAUAUUAAUAUCUGUUUCUGUACUGUUGCUGUCUGUGGGGAGAGAUAUAUUAAUAUCUGUUUCUGUACUGUUGCUGUCUGUGGGGAGAGAUAUCAUUAUGUCUGUUUCUGUACUGUUUCUGUCUGUGG